GGGAACAAGCAUUCCUUUGCACAAAAAGAAAUCUCCCUGCUGAGUAUAAAAGUUUUUUUUUCUUACGAAAGUUAUCGUCGUUGUCGGAGUACUUCACCGUUUAGUCCGUUCUUGCCGAGUCCCGUGAGAAAGAUUGGAAUUAUCGUCAACAGUUUCUUUGGAAGAGUGUAUUCAAGUUCCAAGAUCUAUUAGAUGAAUGAUAAAAUACUUCUUAUGAUAACACUAUAGCGGCAACGAUGACUUCCUAUAACGUUGAGCAACUACCAUCCCCUUUUAGUGUUUUAGGAGAAGGGCCCCAUUGGUGUUCAGAACAACAAAGUUUAUAUUACAAUGAUAUCUAUGGAGGAACUAUUCAUCGUUACGAUUAUAUUGGAAACACAACAUACACCGCUAAGAUUGAUGGUUAUUCUGUUAUCUCAUUCAUUAUUCCGGUGAAAAAUGAAACAUCGCAAUUCAUCAUUGGGACAGAGCGCUCAAUCACUUUAAUUGAGUGGGAUGGAGUUUCACAAAAAGCAAAGUAUAUCGAAACAGUGGGCGAAGUGGAAGCUAAUCUUUCUGAUAAUCGUUUCAACGAUGCUAAAAUUGACCCAUGUGGCCGUUUUUAUGGAGGAACAAUGCGACUCGAAGAGAAAGGUGAUAUUUUUGAAGCAAGGCUCGGAUCAUUUUAUCGAUAUGACGCUCAACGAAAACAAUUCGUGGUUUUAAAAGAAAACGUUGGCGUGUCAAACGGCCUGUGUUGGAACGAAACACUAAAUCUGUUUUAUUAUAUUGACUCCUGUGAUUUAGACGUAAAAGAAUAUUCGUUUGAUUCCAAUGGCAAUCUUUCCAAUGAAAGAGUUGUUAUUGAUUUUCGUGUAUCGGGCAAGCGCCCUUCAUUUGUACCAGAUGGGAUGACUAUUGACACGAAUGGGUUUCUUUACGUUGCUACAUUUGGUGGAUCUGCGGUGUAUAAAAUCGACCCUUCAGACGGUAAAAUUUUAAUGAAGAUCAAAAUUCCUGCUGAACAAGUGACAUCAGUGGCAUUUGGUGGGCCUAAUCUGGACAUACUAUUCGUAACAACAGCAGCGAUAGAAUUUCAAUCAUCCCAGCCCGCUCCAGCAGGCGCUUUGUUUAAAGUUACUGGUUUAGGAGCGAAGGGGAGACCUAUGCAUAGUUUCGCUUUGAAUUAAAUAAAGAGAACUUUGAUUUUGCAAAUGUUUAGAUUUUGCUAAUAAAGUAUUGAAAAUAUGAGAUAGGGAGAGAUAAACACUAGCAAUGAAAGUAGGAUUUUUUUUUUGAAAGAAUAUUCCAGCUAUCAUUCCAAAAAAGUCUAUGUUUGUAUUUGUAGUUAGUCAUGCGAGUGCAUGUGAGUAUUGUGCGAACUAUAAUUUUAAACCAUAAAUAUAUUAUCUG